AUGCCGAAGCGCGGGAAGCGCCCGAGCCGCAGCGAAGAGACCGAGCUCCCCGGUGGAGUCCCGCCGCCCGCGGCGCCCGCGGCGCCCGGUCUCAGCGCGCCAUCGGCGCCGUCCACGCGGCGCAAAGCGGAAGAGCUGAUGCAGCGACUUUGGAACGGAGAGCUGGCGCAGAGCAGGGAGACGGCGAAGUUGCCUCCGCCGACAGAUGAGAAGCUUGUGUCCGUCAAAGGCACUUUGGAAGGCUAUUCCAGCACUGAUUGUCUGCCACAUGGUGAGGCCUUCUUUCCCGUGAUGUCAUCUGCUGAACUGGCGCCGUUGCUCGUUCCAGUGAACCAACCUGAAAAAGUCAAGUCGACCUUCGAGGAGUACGGCGUGUGUGUUGUGACGAAUGUGCUGACCGGCGAGGAAUGUGAGGUACUCGAGGAGCUCUGGCACGAUGAUUUGCUGCAAUUGCUGCGGGGAAACAAAUCUCAGGCAAGUGAGGUGCCGGCAGUGAGCAAAGAUCUUCGGGCUUGGCCGAAGCACUGGGACAACCAUUUAGGGAUGAAGGGGACGGCCUCCAAGCAUGGUUUGGCGCACGGAAGCUUCGCAUGGGCUGCACGACUGCAUCCGAAAGUGCGCCAAGUCUUUGCGGAUCUGUAUGACGCGGAGCAGCAGGAGUUGGUGGUUGGCCUCAACCCUGUCUUCUGGUCUAGCGCCCAGGAUGCUGGCAAGGACACGAACCCUGAGUGGCUGCAUGUCGAUCAGAAUCAUCGCACAGGUGUGACAUGGCCCUGUGCACAAGGAGUGCUCUAUGUUUGGCCUUCCGAAGGUUCUAGCUCCUCAAGCACGGUGGUUUGGCCUAAGAGCCAUACGGAGGUGUAUGAGAGGAUGAUGGAGGAUCCACUGGCGAUGCUUCGUGGGCGCUCUCUAGCAGGACAAACGGUGAAGCUGAAGGAGCUGAAUCAGCCCCAUCUCCGCGAGGAGCUAAUGAGCGAGGCGCUGUUGAAUGCGCGGCGCGUGCCGUGCCCAGCUGGAAGUUUGCUCCUCUGGGACUCUCGCACCGUCCACCAGGGCUGGCGUGGUGGCCCUCGCUUGGCACAGCCCAUUUGCUGGGAGCCACGAGUCCGACGAUCAGAGGAGGCGCUCAAGCGGAAGUUAUGGAUGUGCUGCAGCGGCGUGCCCUCUACCCACUCCGCUGCAGAGGGCCGUGUACACGACAUGGCAAAGGAGGCACCCAGCCCUUCUUUGGAAGAUGGUUUGCCUUUGCUGAGGGCCUGCCUUGUACCCUAUGGCAUUCGCAGCAACCAGGAGCUGGACACAUACGGAUUGCAUUUUGAGAUAAUCACACGGCAGAAACUGUUCCUAGCUGCAUCCAACAAGUUGAGAACUUGGCCAAUCCACAUGGCCCAUGACUUUUCUGUCCGAAAGAGACAAACGAGAACAACGAAACACCGCGGCAGGAGAGUACUUGGGCUCAGCAACAGCAGGCCCUUUGGCCUUCCGAAACCCCCAAGCAGGUCGCCGCAGCCUCUUGGCACCAUGUGGUGUUUGCCUUAA